AUGAGAAUGCUAGCUGUCGAGAUCCUCUCGAGGCUAACUUUGGAUGCAACAAGAAUGAUCCAGUUUACUGCCGACCUGCGACGCCUACUCCUUGAUCCUCAGGACAGCCCACUCAGGAUUGAGGCUGGGAAAGCACUGAUCGCCCGUGGAGACGAAUUUUCAGACAUUCAGCAGCUGGUCACAAUCAUGACUGAUGAAUACAGUAAGGAGUACAGGGCGGUGAUUGCAGAAAUUUGUGCCAAGUCCACAGCAGAUCAGGAUAGGAUCAAUCGCCUGAGCUCAGUAGCCAGUGCACUGUCCUCGGUACUUAAAGCCAUAGUGACUGAAGCUACAAACCUUACCGAGCUUGUCAAGAGGAACAGCAAGUUUCUCGCGUCAUUCUUAGGCCUCGCAGUGCAGAUAAGUGAGAAGCUUGCGACCGCAGAGGCUUUUGCGGAUGCGGUCACAGGGCUUCCAAUGGGGAACAAUACUAUUUUUGCAGAGACGCUGAGCAGGAUUAUUGAGAUGACGAAAGACCGUAGAAGCGAGGAUGAAGCCUGCCUGGCGAUCAUGAAGUCUGCGACUAAGCUAGUUACGUGGAUGAUGGAAAUCGACACCAUCAGCCCCGGUUAUUACAUAGACUACUUCCGGCGGGAGAACAUUGUUCAGAGACCGGAGUACGCCGGGUGGGCCAUGGUUCACCUUGAAAGAUCAAUGUAUUGA